AUGCCGGCGAAAAAGUCCGCGCUGGACGCUGUCCUGGGCGAUAUCAGCGAUUCGGACGACAGCAGCAGCGGGGCGAGCGCGGGAGGGUCAGCGCGCAAGGAUGAGAGCGGGGCACGUAGCCCAGCAGAGGACGAGGCUCCGGCGCCGAAGCGCAAGAAGCUCACGGACGUCAAGGCCGAGGACCUGAUGAAGCACGGCUACAAGACGGGACCGUCCGUCCUGUUCAUGAAGGACAAACAAGACAUCGACUACAACUUCGCGUGGGGCGACGGGCGGGACGAGCGGGCGCAGGGGGAGCCCGAGGAGGACUUUUUCGACAGGGAGCGCACGCGCGUCGCCGCGAACGAGGCGGCCGCGCAGAGCGCCGACCUGGCCCUCAGAACCAUCGCGCACGCGGCCAAGCUGCGCGAGCAGGCGCGCGAGGAGAAGCAGGCGCGCCGCGGCGGCAAGGAGGCGUCGGUCAACCAGAAGGAGAAGCGCAAGCGCAACCUCGGGCAGCAGGGCUCCGGGAAGAACUACGUCGAGGAGGAGAAACGCGUCGCGCGGGAGUUCGGAAUGUACAGCGGCUUCGACUAG